AUGAUUUGGAAAUUUUCAACAUUUAGAUUUCGUUUGUUUCAGCAAAGUGCUUUGGCUGAAAUAACAAAAUUUUAAUAAUGGAUGCUCGUGAAAAAGUAUUAACAGAUUAUCGUAAAAAACUGCUUGAACACAAAGAAAUAGACGGACGAUUAAAAGGCCUAAGAGAAGACUUAAAGAAGAAAACGAAGGAUUAUGACAAGUCGGAAAAUGAUUUAAAGGCACUGCAAAGUGUUGGUCAAAUUGUUGGAGAAAUUUUAAAACAACUGACUGAAGAAAAAUUUAUUGUAAAAGCAACAAAUGGUCCACGUUAUGUUGUUGGGUGCCGAAGACAGGUCGAUAAAUCAAAACUUAAAUCUGGAACCAGGGUUGCUCUUGAUAUGACCACCCUUACUAUAAUGAGAUAUUUACCAAGAGAGGUUGAUCCUCUUGUGUACAACAUGUCCCAUGAAGAUCCAGGUGAUGUUAAAUAUUCAAGCAUUGGAGGUUUAUCUGAACAAAUAAGAGAACUAAGAGAGGUCAUUGAACUUCCACUGCUGAAUCCAGAAUUAUUUCUUCGUGUUGGCAUCACUCCCCCUAAAGGUUGUUUACUGUAUGGUCCACCUGGCACUGGCAAGACACUGUUGGCUCGUGCAGUGUCAAGUCAGUUAGAUGCAAAUUUCUUGAAGGUUGUGUCCUCAUCUAUUGUUGACAAAUACAUCGGAGAAUCUGCUCGUUUAAUCCGUGAGAUGUUCAACUAUGCACGUGAUCACCAACCGUGCAUCAUAUUCAUGGAUGAGAUUGAUGCAAUUGGAGGAAGGAGGUUCUCGGAGGGCACGAGCGCUGAUCGUGAAAUCCAACGUACUCUCAUGGAGUUGCUCAACCAGAUGGAUGGGUUUGAUACUCUUGGUCAGGUUAAGAUGAUCAUGGCUACCAACCGACCGGACACAUUAGAUCCAGCCUUACUAAGACCUGGUCGUCUUGACAGAAAGAUUAGAAUUGAUCUUCCUAAUGAACAGGGUCGCAUGGACAUACUGAAAAUUCACGCUGCUCCGAUCACCAAGCAUGGUGAGAUUGACUAUGAGGCGGUCGUCAAACUAUCCGAUCAAUUUAACGGCGCCGAUCUACGUAACGUGUGCACGGAAGCAGGGCUCUUUGCUAUUCGGGCAGAGCGAGAAUAUGUGAUACAAGAAGACUUCAUGAAGGCUGUACGCAAAGUUAGCGACAACAAGAAAUUGGAGUCGAAAUUCGACUAUAAACCGAUAUGAUGACGUCACACAAAUGGCUUUGUUUGAAGUCCUGAACUAAAAUUUGGAAACACGGAUUUAAAAAACUAAAAAAAAACGAGGAAAAACUAAAAUAAGAUUUACUUAAAAUUCUCAGAAUAGGUUAUUUGUAGUUUGAUUCGGACUGGAAUAUUAAAAUUGUCGUCGGUAUCUCAGACACUAUACGCUUCGUCGGGUGUCAUAUUUGUUCAUCAUUGUCACAAUAAAUAACAUGUACGUUUACGUACGUAUAACAAAAUAUACAAAAGCUGCUUAGGUAAAA